AUGGCGCAAUUCGCUCACGGUAUAUCGGCACUGGAUGUAACGCCUUCAACAGUGCUCAGUGCACCUGUAUGGCUACUAGGCCAACGCUAUGAUGAUUUAGCGGCUGCCGAUUUUGACGCGUACAAGCGAAAUUUUGAGUCGAUCCUUUGGUUCACGUACCGUCGCGAUUUUCCGGUGAUGACACCUUAUGACUUCACGAGCGAUGCCGGUUGGGGCUGUAUGCUUCGGUCAGCACAGAUGAUUUUAGGUCAGGCCCUACAGCGUUGCCUCCUGGGACGGGACUGGCGUCUUCCUGCCUUAUUUGAGGCCGAGAUGGACACGCGACUACCCGAGACGUACGUACAACUACUGCGGUGGUUUGCAGACUCACCCGACCUUGAUUGUCGCUAUUCACUUCACCAUAUGGUCAAGCUUGGUAUGCAGUACGAUAAGCUGCCGGGUGAAUGGUAUGGUCCUACGACCGCUGCACAGGUGCUAAGAGAUCUUGUGAACUUACAUAGACGUGAAUUUGGAGGAGGUUUAGCCAUGUAUGUGCCGCAAGAAGGCGUCGUUUACAGUGAUGAUGUCACAAGACUGUGUGUAUCUUAUAUACAAGAGGAGAAAGUGGAGAAGGAAUCGAACGAGGACACGCCCGAGUUUUUUGACCCACUUUUGCAUCCGCCCACAAAUACGAGGAAAGACUGGAGCACGGCACUGCUCAUUUUAAUUCCAUUGAGACUCGGACUUGAUCAGCUGAAUGAGUGUUAUGUGCCGGCAAUUCAGAAAACUUUUGCGUUUCCACAAAGCCUGGGAAUUAUUGGUGGCAAGAAGGGCCACUCAGUUUACUUUGUUGGAACGCAGCAAGAUCAAUUACAUCUCCUGGAUCCCCAUGAUGUGCACCCAGCGCCAGAGCUAAAUGCUGCGUUUCCAACUGCGACCCAUUUGCGAACAGUCCAUUCCUCCCGCCCUUUGGUGAUGAAUGUGACAACAAUCGACCCUUCACUUGCGCUGGGUUUUCUAUGCGAAAAUCUUGCUGAUUAUGAAGAUUUUGAACGGCGCGUACAGAGUCUUCAUCAUGAGCUCAAAACUGACAGUGGUAUGUGCCCGUUCUCGGUUGCUUCACAUCGCCCGGAUUACGCAGCAAGUGGAGAUGACCUACUCAUGUCCGACUGCCUUUCUGGAGAUGAUAUGAACGAAAAUGAGAGUGCCAAUGGAGCUGGAACUGGAGAGGAUGAGGAAGAUGACUAUGUGCUUCUUUAG